AUGGCUGCCCCAACAAGUUUCCUGAUGCUUUAUUUUGUGUGUGGGUUUAGCAUUGCCUUCGCAGCAACUCCCAACAUUACCACAGAUCAAUCUGCUCUUCUUGCCUUGAAGGCUCAUAUUUCUUUUGAUCCCCAAAAUCAUUUGACAAACAACUGGUCCACAAAUACUUCCGUUUGCAAUUGGGAAGGUGUCUUAUGUGAUUCUAGACAUUACCGAGUCAUGGUCUUAGACCUUUCUUUCAUGGGCCUUGUAGGUACCAUUCCUCCACAUAUUGGAAACCUUUCAUUUCUUGUGAGCCUUAGCAUCCAAAACAAUAGUUUCCAUGGCUCAAUCCCAAUUGAGUUGUCUCAUCUUACUCGAUUAAAAUUCUUUCACUUUGGAUACAAUGAAUUCGAUGGAGCAAUUCCAUCACAGAUGGGAUCGCUUAGUAAACUUAGAGAAUUGUAUCUACACAAGAACAAUUUCAUAGGGACUAUUCCACAAUCUCUGUUUAACAUAUCUUCAUUGCAAAUUAUUAGUCUUGGAUUCAAUCAGCUUUCAGGCACCAUACCUUCCUCUAUCUUCAAGAUAUCUUCCUUGCAAGAAAUUUAUCUUGGACCGAACAGGCUUUCAAGACCGAUGCCCUCCAUUUUCUUCAACAUAUCUUCACUACAAAUCAUUGCACUCGGCUUCAAUAUGCUACAUGGUGGACUAUCUACACAUAUGUUUGAUCAUCUUCCCAAUCUACAGUUUCUUGCUAUUCCUCGUAAUUAA